GACAAAACUUUAAAUAACUUUGUAACAGUACUGUUACAAAUACAGAUUUAUAACAUUUUCGAAAAUUAAAAAUACUUUUUGAUAUGCUUUAUUUACGAGAAUAACGGUAAACGUCAUUUCCGUUAACAUUCAGCAAUUCGUCGUAAGGAACAUAUGAUAUUUUCCCCCAAAACGUUUGUAAAUCGUAAGCAAUGGAAAUAAACCUUAGGUUAGGACAGGUUAGGGUGUAGAAUGUUGUAUAUUCAUUAUCUGUCGGUUUAAAUAUACAACUUCAGAGAAAAGUGCAUUUAUUGUAUUUCUCUGUAAUAAGAAUUUAAAUACUAAGUUAUACAAUGUAUCACUCUUAAAAUACAUUGUGGAAUAUGUGAACAGAUCAAAAAGCAAUUUGAAAUUUGGAAUUAAAAAAUAAAUACAACAAUUAAUGCAUUUUGAAUGAGAUAAGAGACUUUUGUACAAAAUAAAAAGACUUAUUUGUAUUUCAGUAAAAUAUUAUGUAAUAGCCAAUAUUAUAUACAUUAUUAUAUAUUUAAAAAAAGAUAUAAUUUAAAGAAGAUCAAUUUUUUAAAUAUCUUAUUGAUGUGUAAAUUAUUAAAUGUUUAAUAGUACUAAAAAAAAAGACAAAACAGAUAAAAUUUUGAUAAAUUUGAAGUAAAAAAUAUUAUAUGCUUUUAAAUACUUAAUUAAAAAUGUCAAAACAUUGUGACAUAUGUUCAACAUAUUUUCAAGAUGAAUAUGCCUUGCAAGGUCAUCUUGCAGGUAAGAAACAUUUAAAAGCACUGGAACGAUUGCAAGUUAUGGAAAGAUCAAUUGUUGUUUUGCCAUUACCGAAAUUUAUUCCUGCUCAUAGACUUAUUCAUUUUUUUCAACAAUAUGGUGUAAUUAAAGGACAUCAAUUUGGUCCAAGAUAUCUCAUAGUUGAAUUUUGUGACAGAAGUUCUGCUGAAGCUGUAUUAAAUAAACCAAUUUGGAUAGAUAAUGUAAAGUUGAAUAUAGAAAAAAGAAAAGCACAUAAUAAUUUAAAAAGAUCAAAAUCAGAGAAACAAAAUAAUCCCAUGGAAAAUACAGAUUCUAUAAGUUAUGAUAACAUAAAAUAUAUAUUUGAAGAAGAAUCUACAUUUGAUAAUCAGUUAAUGAUAUUUUUAAAUGCAGUACAACUUACUGAUAUUGAAUUAGAAACAAGAUACAAAUCUAUUUGUACACAAAUGGAUAAAAUAUUUAAAGUGAUAUUUCCAAGAUGUAAAACAUAUAGAUUUGGUUCAACUCAAACUGGAUUAGGUUUUAAAGAAUGUGAUUUAGAUAUAUAUAUGGAUAUUGGUGAACCAAUAAAUGAAAGUAAAAGUACAUCAACAGAUGCAUGGACUAUGCAUAAGAUUUUUAAAGAAGUAAAAAAAAUUAUGUAUCGAAUGAACUGUGUUUUUUCUAACAUAAUAUUAAUUCCAAAAGCUAAGACGCCUAUUAUAAAAUUUUAUUAUGUUAGAACAAAUGUUUCUUGUGAUAUCUCAUUCAAAAAUAGUUUGGGUGUAUAUAAAAGCUAUUUGAUAAAAUAUUGCAUAUCUCUUGAUAACAGGUUAAAACCACUAAUGUUGCUUAUUAAAUAUUGGGCACGACAUUUUAAAAUAUCAAGUGGACGGAAAAUAUCCAAUUAUGCUUUAGUGUUGUUAAUUAUUUUUUAUUUACAACAGCCAUCUGUUAAUAUUAUUCCUCCUUUAAUGAUAUUGAAAAAUACAUGUCGACCACAAAUUAUAAAUGGAUGGCAAGUUAAUUUUGACACAAAUGCAGUAAUACCACCAAUUACAAAUAAAAAUAAUAUUCCACAACUUCUUCAUGGCUUUUUCUUUUUUUAUGCGACUUUUGAAUUUAAAUCGCAAGUAAUAUGUCCUAUAGAUGGAAUGGUACACACAGAAUCAGAGUUUAAAAAUAUAAAAAAUUUACCAUCAUGCAUGAAUAGAUAUAAAGCAUGUGUAAAAGAAGAUGAAUCUCUCAAAUUCAAUGUUAAUAAACCAAUGUGCGUACAAGACCCUAUAGAACUAUGUCAUAAUGUUACAGCAAGCACACAAAUUUCCACAUUGGAUUCUGUUGUAAGAUAUUGUGAAAUUGGUGCAGAAAUUUGUGCAAUAUCUAGUAAAAAUGAUUACAAAGAUCUAAUGAAAACUUUGCUCACCACAGAUCUUAAAAAGAAAGGUAAAUUUAAUAUUACAAUUUCUGCAAAUCAAUUUCAAUAUGGAUCAAAUAGUAUGGAAACAUGUGUAAACACUACAGAAAAAACGAAAUUUUCAAAUAGUGACUGGUAUUCUACUAUUUUUAACAUAGUAAAAGAUAUUUUUGAAAAAGUUUUCAUGGUACAGGUUGAAGUACUUCCAGUUGAAACAGAAGCAAAGCAGCAAAAAGUUGAGAUGUUAUCAGAUGUGCAUAUAGAAAAACAGCAUACAGUUACACUUCAUUGUACUGGGACCCAUUGCAUAUGGCGCAAUAGACGAAUUGACAAUAAUGUUUUAGAUCCCAGUUUGAGUUGUUUGCAAAAGGAAGCUCUUGUGUCAAAACAAACAGUAGAAAAUUGUGGUAAAGAAAAAAUAAUAAAUAGAACAAAUUUAGAUUUUAUUUAUACAUUUAAAAAGAAAGAUCCCUUAAAAGUAAUUUUAACUGUAAGUAAUAAACAUUGUGAUGAUCAUGUUUUUCAAGAAUUUGCCUGUUUUGCUAGAGGUAAGAUAGCUGAAAUAAUAAAACGAACAUUGAUACAUAUGCAACAAUUUAACAAAUCGUAAUACUAUAUCCAUAUACAUAUAAGAUUGAUUAUGUAUAUUAGGUACCUAAUUCUGGACCAAAACAUGAAAAAUAAUAGGAAUUACAUCUUUAUCUGUAUUAUAAACUAUGAAUUUUCUUCAAAACUGUAUUAGAUUAUUGUAGAUUUUUUAAAAAUAUAGAUAUUAAUUUCAAUGUUAUUAGUAAACCAAAACUAAAUUUAAAUAAA